GUCGCUGACGUCAAUCCACGCUCACUGUGCAUCUCACUACUCAUGGCCGAUUACCACCUAGCUGAUUUCCAUGACUUCAGCAGUGGGGAAUCAUUGGCCGACUCGGAUCACUAUGAGUAAGGGCCCGAUGGUCAGCACCGAUGGUCAGUCAGCGGGAUCGUCGUGUGGGAAAGUGUUCCCACCAGCUUGCGGGGACUUCACAGUACAUAAACACCUUGUUCGCCCUUCGAUGUCUUAGGGCAAAGCUCAAAGUCUCAUUUUUUCGGUCAAAUCGCUCUGCACUCAUGGCAUCAUCGAAAGAUCUCCGCGUUGCUAUUGUCGGCGGAGGCAUGGUUGGCGUCGCAUGCGCAGUGAAGCUGCAACAUGCGGGCCUAAAGGUUGAUCUAUUUGAAGCAGGGUCCAAGUUCGCCGAGUUUGGCGCUGGCGUGGGUUUAGGACCAAAUGCCUUGCGCGCCCUCAAGGGCCUGGGCCUAUACGAUGCUAUGCUGGAGAGAACUGGAGAGGAGCCCAAUACGUAGCCUGCACAAUUUGUUUUAGAACGGGAAGGCCACCAGGUUAUAUAUGACCAACCGACCAGCCCGGGAAUUAUUGAUAUCGGAGUGGCCAUUCAUCGAGCCGUCUUUCUUGAAGCAGUCACUGGACUUCUUGAUGGGCAACGAACGCAUUUUAACAAGCGACUGGAGUCUAUCUCUCAGUCAGGAAAGCUAGGACAUACAACUUCAACGCUCCACUUCCAGGACGGGAGAACCUUUGAAGCAGAUGUCGUGCUCGGAGCCGACGGCAUUCGAAGCGUGGUUAGGACUGCAGUUGUGGGGAACUCGACUCGACCUACUUGGACGAAUUCGGUGGCUUAUCGUGCGCUUAUCCCGAGCGCAGCCGUCAGGAAGGCGAAUGUCGAGACUAAUUUUUUCGGUGGGAAACCGACAGUUAUGCUAGGCGAUAAUAGGCACAUGAUCAUUUUUCCACUCGACGAGGAUACAGUCAACGUCGUGAUCUUCGUUACUGACAAGUCGAGACCGACCGGAUCCGUCGAGGUCCCACUUCGCCAGUGGGUUGUCUCGGUUGAGAAACAAGAGAUUGUCGACGCGUUCGAAGGUAGCGGGCCUGACGUUCAGAAGAUCAUCUCGCUGGUCGAGGAACCUGCCAAGAAGUGGUCCAUUCACGCUCUAGAGCCUACAUUGUCAACCUACGUUCGUGAAAACAUUGCUUUGGUCGGAGACGCCGCGCAUGGCAUGUGCCCGCACAUGGGGUCUGGCGUCGGACAAGGCUUCGAGGACGCUCUAGUGAUUUGUGAACUUUUGACAGAUCCCCGCACGGAUGUUUCCAAUGUUCAGGAUGUUCUCAAAGCAUACGACGAGAUCAGGCGUCCUCGGGCGAACAAGGUCCUGAAAGCUAGUGCUGCAGCUGGUGACUUGUAUGAAGUUUGGAACAAGGAUGCCUCCGUGAACGAGUUGGAGCCUCGCCUUCACGGCCUGUAUGAGUGGGUUUGGUAUCACGACAUUCAGGAGGAUAUCGCGUCUGCACGGCGGGGUCUCGAAAGCAGAGGAGACUGGAGUGCGGUUGCAAGGGAGUGAUGGGUCAAUAUGUACACAGAUUUUUUUUACCUUAGAUAUCAUGAUCGUAUGUGCGCCUAUAACUCACCAUAAUAUCAAGAAGUUAAGUAUUUGUC